AUGGCGCCCACAUCGAGAUAUUGGGUGGUCUCCCUCCCCGUCCAGACUUCGCAGACCGUACAAUGGGCUCUGCUGCAGGAGGCCAUCUCAAAGAACGCGUUCGACACUCCUCUGUAUAGGGUAAGCUGUUAUCUCCGUUUCCGCCAAGACGUUGUGUUCCGAUUCGAUUCCAUCUUUUUUUCUCUAAUUUCGUAUGAUGUAAUUCUAUUCCACAGUUCAAUGCGCCCGAUCUCCGCGUUGGGACCUUAGAUUCCCUGCUGUCUCUCAGCGACGAUCUUGUGAAGGUCUGACUUCCUUCCUGAAUUUGGAUCAAAAGAUGGUUUAUAUUUCGAUUUCCUUUUAAUUGACGCGGGCUUUUGAUUCUGUGAGAAAUUCGUCAGUCCAACAACUUCAUUGAGAGCGUCUCACAUAAGAUCCGGCGGCAAAUCGAGGAGCUGGAGAGAGCCUCUGGCGCAGAGGGUGGGGCGCUUACGGUGGAUGGGGUCCCUGUGGACACCUACCUGACAAGGUGCUCUUGACAUUGUGCUUGGCAACAAAAUAUCUUUGUGCGUGUUUGGGAUUCAUGCAGUUUUGUCACAGUGGAGGACGUGAAAUUGCAGGUUUGUCUGGGACGAAGCCAGGUAUCCUACCAUGUCACCUCUGAGAGAGAUUGUGGACAACAUCCACUCCCAAGUUGCCAAGAUAGAGGAUGAUAUGAAGGUAAUAUAUUCCUCAAAUUUCCAGAAGUUCAAAUGCCAAAAAAAUUGGAUAUUUGUCAUCGGGAAUACUGAAAAAGAAAACGUUUUUCCUGCUAGUGACUUUAACGUAUCGGUGCAAGUUUGAGGACUUUAUAGUAUCGGAAAUAGAAGAUUCAUGCAUUAUUUAUAGACAGUAAAAGAGAAUCAAAUGAUUUCUAUGCAAAAAAUGUGAGUCCGUUGGAGGGUAUAUGGUGUGGUCACUUCAUAACUUGAGAACUCAUCGAUGAAACUUUUGACGUAAUCAAGUUAGUGCUACUCUGAUGACCAAGGAGGAAGUCCAUAAGCUCGGAGUAAAAGGCUCUAGUUUUGUUGAUAGCCAUCUCGUCAGUUUUUACCCCCUUCGUUCUCUUUUCUUUUACGCAGCAAACCUGGCCUCACUGCCCAUUUCAUAUUCGUAAAACCAUUUCCAGCGAAGAAGCAACUUUUUGCUUUUUAAACUCGCAAUCUCUUUUCAUUGGUCCCAACUUUCAACAUGUUACACUUUCCACAUAUCUGGUCAAUUAUUCUGUGGGAAAUGAGAGCCAGCCAACGAAGGCAUAGCUCUAGGCAGAAACCCUACUUUCCCUUUCCCUUGCAUGUGAAACCACCUAUCAGAAUCAGAUGAGCUGUUUGGCAUGGAAAAUAUGACGAGACACCUAUUAUUCACUCUCAGUGUUUUUUUUUUUUCCUCAUUAUUUUUUCGGCGUCAUUCACUUAAGCAGUCUGGUAUCCUGUUUAAACUGCUCUUCUCUAGCUCUUGGUAUUCUGGGCAAACCAACUUCCCAUCUGCAGACGUAUGUUCUCUAGUUCAGGGUUGGUGUACCUGCCUCUUUCACAUCCUCAUAUUUAACUCUCGCGUUCAAUACUGGUUGCUUGUACCAACAUAACCGUAUUCCAUGAUAGCUCUGCCAUUUUGAGGUUUCUUUAUUCAUAGAAAAUUACUUAAUCUCGCUAUGAAUAUGAGACACGUGGAUGUGAAUUUUUUCUCCUCUCUUUUCAGAAAAUCCCCGAAUUUGUUGUCACGAUUUUCCUGUCAAGUUCUUAACCUCUAUCCGCAUAUUUUACAUAGUCCUGGACUUCUUACAUCUCCAUUUACGAUUUAUCCUAUAGAGAACAUUUCUAGCAUUUUAAAAUGCAUAUCUAUGUACCGUUCCCCUUAGAAAUUCCGCAUUUUAGUUUCCGUUUUUCCCUAAAUAUCAUAAAAUCUUGCUUGUUAAGGAUUUACAUCACCUAUGUUUACUUAUAAAAAAUAACAGAAAUCCCGAGUCCAUCAGGAUAUUAUAUAUUUUCGAUCAUAUCAGAUUUGUCUGGGGGGCUCAUCUUCAGAUCUAUUUUUUCAGGUUCGUGCUGCUGAAUACAAUAAUGUGCGAAGUCAGCUUAAUGCAAUAAACAGAAAGCAAAGUGGAAGGUACGUACAUUUGUAUCAGUGAUUUAUAGGUCGGACAUGUGCUAUUUCAACAUGCGAGCUGGCUAUCCUGGAGGUUUUACAAUUGGUUCCUCACGUCACUUGGAGAAUACGCCGCUAGAAUGUUGAGUUGUAUCUUUCUUUAUGUUCCUGCAUCAGUUUAGCGGUUCGUGAUGUCUCCAACCUGGUAAAGCCCGAGGAUAUUAUCACAUCAGAGCACCUGGUGACACUCCUUGCAGUUGUUUCAAAAUACUCUCAAAAGGAAUGGCUUUCAACUUACGAAACAUUGACAACUUUUGUGGUAAGAUGCUAAGAUGGCUUUUUGACAGCUUCGAUUCAUGGUCAGCUUCCAGGUUUCAAACUAUUGAGUCCGAGUUAUUUAAUUUUUACAUGUUAUGGAUAUUUUAGUUACCUAAGCACGACACAGGGGUAACCCGGGAGUGACUACACUGAACAGUACUUUGUAAAACAGUUUCCCAGUCCACUGAAUCGGUCGGGUCUAUUUAAUUCAUCUGAUCUUGAUCGACUCAGUUCUGUGAUCUUUAGCUAUUACCUAAGUAGGAUACAGGGAUGACCCUGGAGUGACUACACUGACUAAUAUUUAAUAAAAUAUUCUCUGUCCACUGAAUCGGUCUAGUCCAUCUAAUUUAUCUAAUCUUGAUUGGCUCAGUUCUAUGAUCUCAACCAUUUUUUUUACGAUUAUUUUUUAAGAAAAAAAAGUCUGAUCGUGCGAAUGUUCAGUCAUUAUUUGCUGAUCCCAUCUGAUUGUUCUGAUCCCUGUCUUCCUAGGAGAUUUCCAAUUGCCCGGGGUGCCUUUUGAAUUUUCACGCAUAUUUGGUUUUUCAGGUGAUAUUAGGUCUUACAUUCGUUGCUAGGGAUUGCAAAUGUUUGGUUUGCAAGAUGAACUUGUCACGUGUCAUCAAAGAUGUAAUUUGAUCGGAAAGUUUCUUACUUGCGCUUAGUGUAGAUGGAACCAAAGUCUUAAAGGUUAGGGAUUAAAAAAAAUUAUUGUUAAGAUUUUGCACUUUUGGCCCAUCUUACUGAAACUAUAACUCAGAGGUAUUUACUUCGCUUGCCUGGCUGCGAGGGAGGGAAGAUAAACCGAAAUGAGUCCGACCAUUUGGGUCUUUGUCUCGUAUGACUCUCUCAUGGUUCCCUUGGUUUCAGAAAGUGAUCCUCUGUGGUUUUUGUUUGCCUGAACAUUUGAGCCUUAUUCAUGAUUUUAGAUGGGAAAGAAUUCAUACAAAUAGAGGAUAGAGCAUGAAGUCGUCCCAUUUAUUAUUCCUUUGGACCGUAUUCUCUAAAGUUAACAUACUAUUGGAGAUCCCACUGUUUUUCAAAACAUGCUCAUCUUCUAGAAAAAAGAAGAAAAGUAAUAAUGGAUUUCUAUCAUCCUGAUCAUUAUUUUACAGGUCUAUGGGACCUGUAAUUCGACUCUCUUGUGAUGUAGCUUUCCCCAGUCUAUUGAUGUGGAUAGUUAUUGUGAGGAAAAAGUGUGUUUGAGAAGGGUGCAUGGUUAAUGAUACUCUGCUUUUCUCCUUGUUUCCCUGAAGUUUUGUAUCUAAUGAAUUAUUCGAAUUAGGUACCCAGGUCCUCCAAGAAACUGUAUGAGGAUAAUGAAUAUGCUCUUUACACGGUAACACUAUUCAGUCGAGUUGCUGAUAGCUUUAAAACAAGUGCACGAGACCGAGGUUUUCAGGCAAGUUUCUUACUUUAUUUGAUAUUCAAUAAUGUGCUCUUAUGCUUCUGCAUGCAAAUCGGAUAGUUGUGAUUGGUGCCAUUAUUUUAGCACAAAUUCUAUCUUUCGUAUGUAAAAAACUGAGAUUAUUAAUUCUGGAGAAAUAAUUUGAUAAGCCUUCACCUUUGAUUCGGUUGUCUUUUCUGUAGUUAGUAGCAACUCCAAGGAUGUGCAGUGUGAGGAAUACCUCGGCUGUUUUAUUGCAGUUUUCCUUGAUGCAACAAUUUUUCUUCUGAUUCAGAUCCGGGAAUUUGAAUUUAGUCCAGAAGCACAAGAGAAUAGGAAGGAAGAACUUGAAAAGCUGAUUCAGGAUCAGGAAAUAAUCAGGAGUUCACUUCUACAGUGGUGCUAUGCUAGUUACGGAGAGGUACAUGUUUGUUCAAGGUUUUCUUUUUUUUAGAUCCAAAGUUGAAACACACCUUGAAUUUUAUCUUUUUCAAUAUAUUUUAUAUCUUGUGAAACUGCAAAAUUGGGGUUGUUUUUGGACCACUCUUGAUAGUGAUUGUUCAGAACUGAACUGCUACUGGCAAAAGAUGUCCAAUUCAUAAAAGCUAUUGAAAGAAUUAUGAAAAAUGAUUGGUUAUUUACAUAAAAAGAUACCUAUUUACUUUUCUGUCCAAUUCAGUCGUUGAAAAUAACAAAAUGGGCAUUCUUGUAUUUCUAUGGUUUCAACAAUCCAUGGGAGCUCAUAUUUCUCUUCAACAUUGUGUGAUUUCAAACUUGUUUCUGAAAUAUGUUCAGCGUCUGAGUGAAUUUAUAGGGAAUGUGUUUUUAGAAAACUGGUCAUUACGUUUCGGUUUUCUUAAACAGAACCCUCCAUGCAAUUCAACUAUGGUUUGCUCAGAUUGUAUUAUCCCCUCAAUGCAAUCUGACCGCUCCAUGGAGUCCAACCUUCAGUUGACCAGAUCAGAGAAAGCGAAGUACAGAUCACAGUAUAUGAAUUUUUAAAACCAACCAGCCUCAUGCGUCUUGACUCUAGUUGGAAAACACUGGAUCUGAACAGGCAUAUCAAUUUUAUUCUAUGUUCUGUGAAUGAUGUGGGACCAUAUCAAUUUUUAACAAGCAUUAUCUGAACUUUCCUCCUGACGAAAGUGAACAUUCGUCAGGGCAAUAGACAAACUUAGAAAAUACACGGCUUGUUGUAUCAAUUGCUGACUCCUAGGCGGAAUGAUUUGAUUAACUGAUUAGAAUCAUCCAUCCCUUUCGUCCUUAUGAACCUAAAUGGCCACUUAAAGCCUUGAGGCUUGGCGCUGAACGUCUGUAAAUGGAGGGGAAAAAAACAGUUUAUACUUCCACCUUCUGGUGCAACUAGUGCCUGGCACUAUGAUGACCACUUCCUACUUGUCAUUCUUCUCUGUUCUUCUUCCCUCGCUUGCAUCACCUCCAUUGUUUUUUGACAUUGUCUCCGCAUCAUUGUCUACCUUCUUCCACUAUAUUGGGAUACUCUCUUGGGAAUGGAAGAGUUCUCUGUUAUAAAAAUCUCUCAUACCCUCCAUCUAUUUAUCUUUUAUUCGUUAAUACUUUCCUUUAUUAUAUCCAACAUCUGUCUUUAUUUAAUGGGGAAUGAAAAGCUAGGAAUACAGUAAUUGUCGAUAUCUUUAAAUGCCUGAACACAUUUUGUCCAACUUACACAAACGCACCAAGCUCCCUAUUUCUCGAGAUAGAAGAUAAAUCAAGAAAAUGUAAAGAUAUUUGUACACAUCAUUUCUUAUUCGGUAUUUAAUGGGUUUUUCUCUCUUUACGUAUCAUGAGAAACUUUUCGGGAAGAAUAUACUUGUCUGCUUAUUUUUGUAGACAAAAGAAUUGAAUUUGCAAGAAUCUGUUUGACAAUGAACCCACAAAGGAUAAAGGUAGAAAUUUCUAUGGUCAAUUGUCAGACAUUCAAAAUCGGCAAAAGAACACUUAUGAAGUCAAUGCAGUAAAGUAUGGGAUUUUGAGCCACAUGCAUGCAACCAAGUGUCUUUUAAAAGAUAGAAGUGGGAUUUUCAUUUUCAUUCUCGUGGAAAUGAAAGGGUGAUUAACCAUUUUUUUUAUGAGACAAGAAAUGCCGUGACAAAAGGUUAGGAACGAAUGCGAAGUAGUUCAUGCUCUGAUCACUUCUUUGGUGUGGUAAAAACAGGAGUUGUUGGAGGAUUGGUUCGAGGGUAUUUUAUGCUGAAUCUUAACAUCCAACUGGACAGCCACAGUCAGAAAACCAACCAUCGAAAUUCAUUUUUACAUGAUAUCCCCGAAAAUGAUACUUCAAGCUCGAGAAUCUACGCUUUAAAGUAGGGAUCUUGGUACUAAAAAUCUAUGGUUAAACAUCUGAGAGAGGAAUUUCCGUUUUGAAACCCAGAUUCUUUCGUAUUCCGAGGCAAUGGGAUGGAUCCGAAAUUUGGAACAUUUAGGUGCUGCUUCAUUUGUUAUAAUAUCUGUUUCUAGUUCUGAGGCCUAUUCUUAUAUCAGUAUAUGCCGUAAGAGAUGCUAGCUUGAUGGAAGAACAAAACUCCGACAAUUUUUUCUGUCUUCACACGGCCCAACGUUGUUGUGAAGACUUGUUCUCUCCCUCACCCUUCUGCCUCCAAAUUUCUCCUACUUCUAACAUUUGGAAUGUUAUAGUUAUCACGUUUUCACAGAAUACGCAUUCCCUUGCUGCAGGUUUUCAGCUCCUGGAUGCAUUUCUGUGCCAUACGAGUGUUUGUAGAGAGCAUUCUCAGAUACGGUCUGCCCCCAUCUUACUUGGUAUGAGAUUCAGUCUGACCCUUUUCAUUCAAUGAUGGCCUCCUUGGAAACGAAGUAACCGGCAGAGAAACUAAUGCGAGCAAUUUCAGGCUACAGUGUUAGCACCACCUGGGAAGAGCGAGAAGAAAGUGCGUUCAAUAUUGGAUCAGCAGUGUGGCAACUCCAACAGGUAAAUGAAUCUCUAGCUUAUAAUCUCAUAGGAUCAUACUAAUACAUAUUUGUAGCCAAAGUCUAGGCUUGGAGGUGCCAGCUAAUCGAAAACUGCACUCCUCUUGCUCUAGAGAGAGAGAGAGAGAGAGAGUGCAGUGUGGGUAGGCCUGGCCACCCGAGCUCAUAUCUGAAUUGCCUUUUAUGUGCAUGCAUAUCUGAGAAUUGACCGUUUAUUCGACUUCUCAGCGCAUUCUGGAAAGUCGAAGAUGAUGCGAAUGUAGCGGGCUUGGGGGGCGAAUCGGAGACUUAUCCCUACGUCUCCUUCACCAUAAACAUUUUUUGA